GAUGUCUUCUGUUUGUAAACGAGUGAGACUGAACACGUCAUCUCUGAAAUCCCCUUAUCUUAAAACUGACUAAUAAAUAGAGAUCCCUUAGCAAAAAUAAUAGGGCAUUACCUUUAUUAACACAAUGUACAUCAUCAACUUCAUAGUAAGCGCGUUGUGUAUAAACAUGAGUAGUGCCAUAAUGGAAGGAUGUGUCGAACCACCGAUGGAGUGUCCCAACGAAAACGUCACAUUCUGGUUAUACACACGAGCAAAUCAGAACAAUCCGCAUCAACUGUUUGCACUCAAACCCGAGUCCAUUACCUCGGCUCCUUUUGUGAAGGAUGCCCCUAUCAAGAUCAUCAUUCAUGGCUAUACCAAGGACAGGAACUCUACACCUAAUACCGAACUAAGACCAGCGUAUAUGGAAUGCUGCGACUACAAUUUAAUAUCGGUGGACUAUAAUCCAAUAGCCCGAGAUCCGUGUUAUAUUCAAGCGGCUCGCAACACAGAACUUGUGGGAAUGUGCACCGCCCAGCUGGUUGAUGAAAUGGUGAAGAAUUAUAACUUCAGUCUAUCAAAAAUACAUCCGAUUGGAUUCAGUCUUGGUGGUCAAAUUGUAGGCUUCAUCGGUAAUUAUAUGACAUCAGGACGUUUCGAACGAAGCACAGGUCUCGAUCCUGCAUUACCGCUUUUUGCAACCUCUGACAACCGUAAGAAAUUAGACAGCGGUGAUGCCAAGUUUGUGGACGUACUCCAUACGAACGCAUUGGAAAAAGGCAAACUCGAACCAUCCGGUACUGUAGACUUCUUUGCCAAUGGUGGCAUGAUGCAGCCAGGCUGUAAAACGUCCAAGGAUCAAACUGCAUCUGGAUGUAAUCACGCCCGAGCCCCAGCAUACUAUGCGGAAUCCAUAAACUCACAAACUGGAUUUUACGCAAAGCAAUGCCCUUCUUGGAUUACCUACGCGGUGGGUUGGUGCGAGCUGACAGGCAACUCUGAUGAAGAAAUACUCUUUGGCGAAUAUGUGCCUCUUAAUGCCACGGGUGUAUACUUCUUCACAACGAACUCUGAGCCUCCCUAUGCUCGAGGACGAAAUAACUGAAUUAAUGUAUUUUUAUUUAAAUUUAAUGUGAUUGG